AUGUCUUCUAUUGCUGUUCAAACCGAGGAAACUGUAACUGAAAACAAUUUAAAUGCCUCUCCAAGUAUUGGCCUCUUUACUCAAAUUUUAUCGAUCCUCGAUGAUGAACAUAAUGAUUUUUAUUAUGAUAUUUCUGAUUACUGUCCAAGUUUGCCUUCAAAAGCAGAUGAAUGGCAUGUCGAUAAUGUAAGCAUGAGUGGAAAUCUUGAAAUUUCAACAUUUAGUCAAGAGGAUGAUGAAUCGGGUAUUUCGGUAAAUAACAACAAAAUUGAAGAAAUGUCUACAGCCGAAUUAGAAAGAUCUCUUCAAAUAUCUGAAGCUCGCCUAAAAAACAAUCUGAAUGAAUUGAAUAAAAUCUCAUCAUCAUCAACAGAACAUGUCAAGGAAUGGCUAGAUUCUACUUGUAGUCAACCAAAUAACUCUACAUUAAACAGUCCGAGAGAAGAAGCUAUUGAUAAAAGUGCCAGUGCUUUCAGUGAUUUUGAAGUGGAUGGGAUUUGA